CGGUGCGGCUUUCAGCUCAGCCACACUCCACAGUUACACAGCAAAACUCAUCUUUUUCAUCCGUGCUUCACCUAAUAAGUGACCCAAUCCGUCAGCCAACAUGUCCUCGCUGGGGACAUUAGCCUUCGAUGAAUAUGGAAGGCCUUUCAUCAUCAUUAAAGACCAGGAUAAGAAGACUAGGCUAUCCGGCAUUGACGCAUUGAAGUCUCACAUUAUGGCAGCUAAGGCAGUUGCAUCAACACUUAAAACAUCUUUGGGACCUAAUGGUCUUGACAAGAUGAUGGUUGACAGGGAUGGAGAAGUGACUGUUACCAACGAUGGAGCCACUAUUCUUAGCAUGAUGGAUGUGGACCACCAGAUUGCUAAACUUAUGGUGGAGCUGUCCAAGUCCCAGGAUGAUGAGAUUGGUGAUGGAACUACUGGAGUUGUUGUGCUGGCUGGGGCUCUGCUUGAGCAGGCUGAGCAGCUGCUGGAUCGUGGGAUCCACCCCAUCAGGAUCUCUGACGGCUAUGACCAAGCCGCACGUAUUGCUAUUGAGCAGCUGGACAAAAUGGCAGAAACCUUCCCCUGCGAUCCCAACAACACAGAACCGCUCAUUCAGACCGCCAUGACAACACUGGGUUCUAAAGUCAUCAACCGGUGCCACAGACAGAUGGCAGAGAUCGCAGUGAAUGCCAUCCUCACUGUGGCCGACAUGGAAAGGAAGGAUGUAGACUUUGAGCUUAUCAAGAUGGAGGGCAAGGUGGGAGGCAAGCUGGAGGACACACAGCUCAUCAAGGGAGUCAUAGUUGACAAGGAGUUCAGCCACCCUCAGAUGCCCAAGGUUCUGAAAGAUGUCAAAAUUGCCAUCCUCACCUGCCCAUUUGAGCCCCCAAAGCCCAAGACCAAGCAUAAGUUGGACGUUACCUCUGUGGAGGAUUACAAAGCCCUCCAAAAAUAUGAAAAGGAGAAGUUUGAGGAGAUGAUCCAACAGGUCAAAAGCAAUGGUGCUAAUUUGGCCAUCUGCCAGUGGGGCUUCGAUGAUGAAGCCAACCACCUUCUGCUUCAGAAUGAGCUGCCUGCUGUGCGCUGGGUCGGAGGGCCUGAGAUCGAGUUGAUCGCCAUAGCCACAGGAGGCCGCAUCGUGCCCAGGUUCUGUGAGCUGACACCCGAGAAGCUUGGCACAGCUGGCUUGGUCAAGGAGAUCUCCUUUGGCACUACAAAGGAUCACAUGUUGGUUAUCCAGGAGUGCAAAAACACCAGGGCAGUAACCAUUUUCAUCCGUGGUGGCAACAAGAUGAUCAUUGAAGAGGCCAAGCGUGCUCUCCAUGAUGCUCUUUGUGUAAUUCGCAAUCUGGUGAGAGACAACCGCGUUGUGUACGGAGGUGGAGCUUCAGAGAUUGCAUGUGCUCUGUCCGUCAACCAGGCUGCAGAUAAGUGCCCAUCAUUGGAGCAGUAUGCCAUGAGGUCAUUUGCUGAUGCUUUAGAGGUAAUCCCAAUGGCGCUGGCUGAGAACAGCGGGCUGAACCCGAUCCAGACUAUGACAGAGGUCAGAGCCAGACAGGUCAGAGAGAACAACCCCUUCCUUGGCAUCGACUGUCUGCACAACAACACCAAUGACAUGAAGCAGCAACAUGUGAUCGAGACCCUGAUCGGCAAGAAGCAGCAGAUCUUGCUGGCUACUCAAGUGGUCAAAAUGAUUCUUAAGAUCGAUGACAUCCGAAGCCCGGGAGAGACUGAGGACUGAAGGCCUCCUGAACACCAGUAGGCUCGGCUGUGCUCUGGAACACUCAAAGAUGUCUGAGCUGCUCUAGAGAUUUUAGGCACUUCCCCGAGCACCAUGUCCAAACCGCACUGCGUAUUGCUAUUUAUCGUUUGAUACAAAAUGUUCAAGCUGUUGUAGUAUCAAAGUCACCAUUAAAAUGUUGGUCCGCUGAAA